GAUCAGUUCACGAUGAAAUGGGUGGACGAGGAGGGCGAUCCUUGCACGAUAGGAUCGCAGCCGGAACUCGACGAGGCGCUGCGCCUCUACGAGCUCAACAAGGACACGGAAAUCACGAUACACGCAGGGGAAUUAUUACGGUGCGUGGACAGGGCCCGGUGACAUCCUUUCCCGACGUCCUCCUCCACCGGCUCUCUCUCUCUCUCUCUCCCUCUCUUCUCUCUCGCCGACUCUCUCCCUCCGAGCGUCGCCUCGGCUCAGCUGCUCGGCCUGCUCCUCCUACUCCACCACCGCCUCCGCCUCCUUCAGGAAAGGAAAAAUCUAGGUGUGUCGGAUCACGCUCGGUUUCAAGCCGGGCCUGCUGCGGCACCAGUCGUCGCUGAGAACCCGGAGACGCUCCGUCGAAGGUGCGGAGGUUCGUUCGGUGCGCCGUGACCGUAGCGAAUUGUCGCGACGAGCCGUCCGCGGCACAGCAGCGUGCAGGUACUGUGACAUAACAACGCUCCGAAAUGGCCUGGGGCUACUGGAACGCGACUUCCGUCGCCGACAGGGGCCGGUCGCCCCGGCGCGACAAGGACAAGCAGACGAUACAGCAGAGCCAACAACAGCAGCAGACGACGCCGGCCGCCUCCGAGUUCCUUCAGGGCGCCUCGACGCUGCAGCAGAUUCAGGGAUGCGAGAUGUCGUCGGCCGUCGGGAACGCGGUCGAGGAUGCCCCGUGCACGCUCAUGAUACAGGGCGGCUCGUUCUACUCGUAUUCCGCGGCCGCGGCAGCCGCUGCGGCGGCCGCGGCCGGGAGACGCGCCUCCGUCGUCGAGGGCGCCGCGCUCCAGGCGGCAGUUCUUCCCCGAGCUCCCGGUGCCGGAUUUCCGGGGACCAGCGCAGUCGUCUUCCCGUCUAAUUCACCCUGCAGCGACUCCGCCGAGGACGAGUCCCACGCCGCGUACGUUCACCAGGACGGAACCGCCGGCGUUCAGACCACCAGACGGCACAACUUACCUCGCGGCAACAACGACGACGAGUCCGACGAUCCCGAUCACGACGACGUCGAUCUUAUUUAUGCCUCGAACACCCUCGCCGCCGGGUGUCUUCUUCACGGGCACUGCAACACCCAGGAACGAAAUAUCGCCAACUCUGCCCCGGGAUCGAACCUUGGGGAUUAUGCCGCCGCUAUCGCUGCCGCAAAUUCGGCCGCCGGUCCUGCUGCAGGUGGUACCGCGCAAUUCGGCAGGUUCAAUAACAUCACCUGGGGUAGGUCGUGGCCUGGCAGAGACUCGACAGAGUCUAACGGUACAAUUGUUUUUCCAAAUGUACCGGCAGCUCCAGGAAUGCCCUGCCAAGGCGAAGACAGAAGUAUCUACAGGCGUGGUGCUCGAAGAUGGAGAAAGCUUUACCGAGUCAAUGGGCAUAUUUUUCAAGCAAAACGUUUCAACCGACGAGCAUUUUGCGCGUUUUGCCAAGAUCGUAUCUGGGGUCUGGGACGGCAAGGUUUCAAAUGCAUUCAAUGCAAGCUCCUCGUUCACAAAAAGUGUCACAAGGUGGUUGGCAAGCCAUGCUUUAGCAUGCAGGUACCUCAAACAGCGGAACCACCUUCAACGGACAGAAACGGUGAUCAACAACAAUCGGAUUCCCUGCAUUGCUCUUCUGCCGUACAGCCUGAUGACGAAUCUACAGAGCUGGCAGCGGUCGAAGACCAUUCCCGUAAUCGAGCUCCGGGUGAUGAGGGCGAAGAGUUACCAUUGGAGGCUGGAACUGGAUCGGAUAACAUGAUCGAAUUACAGAGGCAGUAUUCGUUGAGUGAUUUUGAAUUGAUCAGAGUUAUUGGCCGAGGUUCUUACGCGAAAGUAUUAAUGGUCGAAUUGAAACGUACGCGGCGGAUUUACGCCAUGAAGGUGAUAAAGAAAGCUCUGGUAACGGACGAUGAAGAUAUCGACUGGGUACAGACGGAAAAGCACGUAUUUGAAACGGCGUCGAAUCAUCCGUUCCUCGUUGGUCUUCAUUCCUGCUUCCAAACACCGUCGCGCCUCUUUUUUGUCAUCGAGUUUGUUCGUGGUGGCGACCUGAUGUUCCACAUGCAGAGGCAACGACGUUUACCCGAGGAACAUGCUCGAUUUUAUGCUGCUGAAAUCAGUCUUGCUCUCAACUUUUUGCACAAUAAAGGAAUUAUUUACCGAGAUCUGAAACUGGACAAUGUAUUACUGGAUCAUGAGGGUCACGUGAAGCUCACCGAUUAUGGAAUGUGUAAGGAAGGAGUGCGGGAAGGUGACACGACGGCGACUUUCUGCGGGACGCCCAACUAUAUUGCCCCGGAAAUCUUGAGGGGCGAAGAUUACAGUUUCUCCGUGGACUGGUGGGCUCUCGGGGUACUGCUGUACGAAAUGUUGGCAGGUCGCAGUCCAUUCGAUAUUGCCGGGGCUUCCGAAAAUCCAGACCAGAACACAGAGGAUUACCUAUUCCAAGUUAUUUUACAAAAAACCAUACGAAUCCCGAGAUCGCUCUCCGUCAAGGCAGCUUCCGUUCUCAAAGGAUUCCUCAGCAAAGAUCCUGUCGAACGAUUAGGUUGUGGAUCCUACGGAUUCUUUGAUAUAGCCGGACACUCGUUUUUCAAAGCCAUUGAUUGGGAUAUGUUGGAGCAAAAACAAGUCACUCCGCCUUACAAACCACGGUUAGACUCUGAUAGAGAUUUGGCUAAUUUCCCACCGGAAUUCACUGACGAACCUGUUCACCUUACACCGGAUGAUGCAAGAGUGAUCGAUAAAAUUGACCAGAGCGAGUUUGAAGGAUUCGAGUACGUGAAUCCGUUAUUGAUGUCGUUAGAGGACUGCGUGUGACAAGAGCCGCUAUUCUUCCUGCACCAAGAAUCGCAAGAACGUCGCUAUUUACAUGACCUGCAGGAUAGAUCAGAUACGCUUCAGCUUCAGACUCUCCCUAACUCAAUUUCGGACUGCCGUCAUCAUCGUUAUCGUAAUCAUAAUGACUUGAUCACGAU